CUCUCUCUCUCUCUCUCUCUCUCUCUCUCUCUCUCUCUCCUAUAGAAUUCUCUGCAGAUUAGGCCGGAAAAGCCCAAAAGGUUCUUGUGAUUUUGAUCGGAGACUCUGAAAUGGCCGGAAAAAGCAAGAUUCUGAUCAUCAGAGGCACCGGAUACAUCGGAAAAUACAUCGUCGAGAAGAGCGCCAAGGCCGGUCACACGACCUUCGCUCUGAUCAGGGAGUCCACCGUCUCAAAUCCUUCCAAAUCAAAGAUCAUCGAGGGCUUCAAGAACCUCGGCGUCAAUAUAAUCCAUGGGGAUCUGUACGAUCACGAGAGUUUGGUGAAGGCGAUAAAGCAGGUGGAUGUGGUGAUCUCAACAGUCGGAAGUCCUCAGCUGGACGAUCAGGUCAAGCUAAUCGCCGCAAUUAAAGAAGCUGGUAACAUCAAGCGAUUCUUUCCUUCUGAGUUUGGAAAUGAUGUGGAUCGUGUCCAUGCUGUUGAGCCAGCCAAAACAGCAUUUGCAACCAAGGCUAAAAUCCGCCGGGCUAUUGAGGCUGAAGGAAUUCCUUAUACUUACGUCUCUUCCAACUUUUUUGCGGGCUACUUUCUUCCAACACUGGCUCAGACAGGUGCUACAGCUCCCCCUAGAGAUAAAGUGGUUAUCCAGGGAGACGGGAAUCCAAAAGCUGUUUUUAACAAGGAGGAAGACAUUGGCACCUAUACCAUCAAAGCUGUGGAUGAUCCAAGAACUUUGAACAAAAUCCUUUACAUUAAACCCCCUGGAAACGUAUACUCAUUCAAUGAGCUUGUGUCCUUGUGGGAGAAAAAGAUUGGAAAAACCCUUGAAAGGAUCCAUGUUCCAGAGGAGCAAAUUCUGAAGAACAUUGCAGAAGCUCCGCUUCCAGUGAACGUGAUACUAUCAAUCAUGCACUCGGUCUUUGUAAAGGGUGAUCACACAAACUUUGAGAUCGAGCCAUCAUUUGGAGUGGAGGCAUCAGAGCUGUAUCCAGAUGUUAAGUACACCACGGUGGAUGAGUAUCUCAACCAAUUCGUCUGAGAAUUUGGUUUUACUCAUCUCCGGUCUUCUAUGAUAUGCUGCAUAUUAAAUAAAUGAUCAGUUUAGCUACUUGUCUGAGAUUUUAUUUUACAAGUAGUGGGUCUGCCCCUUUGUGGUGCUACCUCUGCAGAUUUUGUAGGGAGAUCAGAGAUGCCAUGUGACUUGCGCUACUUGAUCUAUCCUAAGUAGAUAAAAGGUUGUGGGAUCCCUAGUUAUAAUACUAGGAUUCUGUGUCUCAACCAGAUUAUAUAAAAUAUUUGUUGGCAUUCUUAUUCUUCUUGCUUUUCUUUUUGAACUCAAAUUUGUGAUGAUGCCUGACUAUUUUUUUGAUAAAUAAUUGGAGUGUCUAUGGUCCUGAUAACAUUCCUGCGGGUGAAUCGUGCAUGAUAGUAGUUCAAAGAGUAAUACUAGAUCUAAGACUUACAAAAUUGAUCUCAUGAUUUGAUAGUAAUUUGAUUUAAUAGUGUUAUUGUAACUGUAAUUUUUAUA